AUGAUAGACGUACCGUCCAUAUUCACAUCCGAGGACUCGGGCUUCGGCUGGCUCGCCAACUCAAGGAGCUUGGCGGACAAGCGCUCAUUUCGGGCUAUUUCAGCCGGACCAAAGACGCUGGCAGCCUUGCGCCGGUUGUUCUCCUUCCUGGUACUUGAUCUCGAGCUUUUGGCCAUUGUUUCUGGUGGCUCGCUAGACAAUGGAUAA